GAGGGUCCGGGAGGCCGGGCCGAGUGGGAGCCCCAUUCUGGUCCUCUUGGUAAAGAGAAAGGAAGAGCGCAGAGAAGAGCACGUGCGGGUGGGCGUCCUGCUGGAGGUGGGGGGUCCUGCUGAGAUUUCUAGAAGAGGAGUCAUGUCAGAAGAAACAGUAAGCAAAUCACAGUUUUCCUUGAAGACAGCAGCGCUAAGAGUGUUUGAUCUUCCUCUGUCUUGGUACUACUCUCUCUCACAGAUCAAAUUUUCACCGGUAGCUAAAAAGUUGUUUGUGGUAACUGCAGUGAGUGCUGUAUCUGUAAUUUUUCUGGCCCAUCACUUUAAAAGAAGACGUGGAAAGAAGAAAGGAAAAGUAUUACCAUGGGAACCAGAGCACCUCAUACUUGAAUACACUAAAAGAGCAGCAUCAGACAAAGGUUCAAGUUGUUCCAGUAGUAGACAGAAUUUGACAUUAUCUUUAAGUUCUGCCAAAGAGAAAGGCCCUCAGUCUUGUAACUAUGCUAAUGGAGGACUUUUCAGUAAACACUCAGGUUCUGCACAGAGUUUGACCUCCGUCCAGAGUGUCAAUUCUUGUCAUAGCUGUGCUUGUGGCAAUUCUAAUUCCUGGGACAAAGCAGAUGAAGAUGAUAUUAAACUUGUUAAUAUUCCUGUUACCACUCCUGAGAAUUUAUACUUGAUGGGUAUGGAAUUGUUUGAAGAGGCGUUGCGUCGAUGGGAACAAGCUCUAACCUUUCGAAAUAGACAGGCUGAAGAUGAAGCCUGUGGUUCCAUUAAAUUGGGUGCAGGAGAUGCCAUUGCUGAAGAAAGUGUAGAUGAUAUUAUUAGUACUGAAUUUAUCCAUAAACUUGAAGCUCUGCUGCAAAGAGCAUACCGUCUCCAAGAGGAGUUUGAAGCUACCCUGGGAGCAUCUGAUCCUAAUUCUCUUGGCAAUGAUAUUGAUAAAGAUACAGAUAUCACCAUGAAGGGGAACGUGGAUGACUUUGGCCUGCGAGACACCUUGAGCAUCGCAUCGACUGAUUCCUUUGCUUCAGCAGCAGAGCUUGCAGAACACAGAGAAGGUCGGCACACCUACAGCCUGGAGUCUCUUUGCCACUGUCCUUUUUAUGAAGAAGCCAUGCAUUUAGUCGAAGAAGGAAAAAUUUACUCAAGAGUGCUUAGAACUGAGAUGUUGGAGUGCCUAGGAGACAGUGAUUUUCUUGCCAAACUUCACUGUAUUCGACAGGCUUUUCAGGUAAUUCUUUCAGAAACUGCCAACAGGAUAUUUCUUGCUGAGAGUGGAAGGAAAAUUUUAUCAGCAUUAAUUGUGAAAGCUCGAAAGAAUCCAAAGAAGUUUGAAGAUGUUUUUGAUGAAAUGAUCUAUUUUUUAGAGCAGACUGAUCACUGGGAUAGUACUGAAAUGGAACUUGCUGCUAGAGGAGUGAAAAAUCUAAAUUUUUAUGAUGUGGUUCUGGAUUUUAUAUUAAUGGAUUCCUUUGAAGAUUUAGAAAACCCACCCACAUCCAUUCAGAAUGUAGUAAAUAAUCGCUGGCUAAACUCCUCCUUCAAAGAAACCGCUGUGGCUUCAAGUUGUUGGUCGGUGCUGAAACAGAAAAGGCAGCAGAUGAAGAUCCCAGAUGGAUUUUUUGCCCAUUUUUAUGCCAUUUGUGAGCAUGUCAGCCCUGUCCUCGCCUGGGGCUUUCUGGGUCCUAGAAAUUCUCUCUAUGAUUUAUGUUGCUUCUUUAAGAAUCAAGUUCUUUUCUUUCUCAAAGAUAUUUUUGACUUCGAGAAGGUGCGCUAUUCCAGCAUAGAGACUCUGGCCGAAGACCUCACGCACUUACUUAUUCGCCGCACUGAACUUCUAAUGGCCUAUCUCGGAUCUGACGCCCUGAGGCACACAAGCAGCUGUGUAAGUGGUCACGGCCACGUUGUGUCCGGUGGCCUACUGGAAGCCAAAGUACAAUAAGUACCGUAAGCACCAUGCAAUGUGAGUGUGCUGUGAAAUAUUUUAAGGUAACUAUUGAUUUUGUAACAUAUAUUACACAGAGUUGGUGGAUACGGACUCAGGGAGGAAAAACAAUCUAGUAAAGAAUGAGUACUGUACUUACACAGAAGUUCUGUCAUCGACUCCCUGUGUAGCGUAUCCAAAGCGGCUUUUUAUAAUCUUUAGGUAAUAAUUUAAGUUGUGAAAUGUUACAUAUUUUGCAGAAAUAUUGCUUGAAUUGAAGCCAGUACUUGGGAGUUAAUUGAUUUGUCGUCUAGAAGCUGUCUGAAAUGUCCAGUAUCAUUCGCAAAAGCUGUUUUCAUGCUUUGCACCUUGAAAACGUCCACUUUAGCCAAGACCUUUGUGGCCCACGCGUGCAAGAAUAUAUUACUCCUAGUGUCAACCAACUUGGCUUUGCUUGAAAAUGUAUUUUUAAUUGUCAAGUUAUUCAUUUGUUUAAUCAAGUUUAGGCAGUAGUGGUGUUUAAUAUGUAUUGCUUACACUAUGGCUUGUGCAUUUGCUUAUGUAUUUGAGUCAAAUUGUAAUGGCUCAGUAUCAUUAUAGAACAUUUAAAUGAAUUGACACUGAGAAGUUUUCAAGUUACAAGUUCAUGUUAGAUUUACUGCAGUUUCCAAAAUAUAUUACUGUUGGUCCUAUAAGUUACAAAGGACUGAAGAAAUUUCUUGUAUCUUUUUAUAGAUCAGAGCACUUUUCCCUUGAAUGAAUAUUG